AAACGGGUUUUAUAAAGCAAACAAAGCAAUGGGCCUUUCUUCAAUGCUUUCUCCUUCGCUGCUAACGCUCUUCCUUUUUGCUCUUUUGCAGACUCCAACUUCUGCUUUGAGAAAGUCUUACAUAGUGUACUUAGGAGGACAUGCUCAUGGUCCGAAUCCCACAUCGGCUGAACUUGAUGAAGUCACGAAUUCUCAUUAUGAAUUGCUGGGUUCAUUUGUUCAUUUUACUGGAACUGCUAAAGAGAGAAUUUUCUACUCCUAUACUAAGAACAUCAAUGGUUUUGCUGCCAUCCUUAAUGAAGAAGAAACAUCACAGAUUGCAAAGCACCCGAAUGUGGUUUCGGUAUUUUUAAACAAAGGAAGAAAGCUUCACACUACAAGAUCAUGGGAUUUUCUCAGAUUGGAGAGAAAUGGAAUUGUCCCUUUGGAUUCUCUCUGGAUGAAGGCAAGAUUUGGUGAAGAUACAAUCAUUGGAAACCUUGAUACUGGUGUCUGGCCUGAAUCUAAGAGCUUUAGUGAUGACGGAAUGGGACCGGUCCCGGCUCGUUGGCGAGGGUCCUGUCAGCGUGGUGCCGAUGUUCCUGUUCAUUGUAACAGGAAGCUGAUCGGAGCCAAGUACUUCAACAAAGGCUACUUCGCUUCCGUCAGCGAAAAACUCAAUGCAACCUUCAAGACUGUGAGGGACCACGAUGGCCAUGGUUCGCAUACUCUAUCGACGGCGGCCGGUAACUUCGUUGGUGGUGCUAGUGUUUUUGGUCAUGGCAAUGGCACUGCAAAGGGUGGUUCACCUUAUGCCCGUGUUGCUGCAUAUAAAGUGUGUUGGCCCCCCAUUGAUGGCAGCGAAUGUUUCGAGGCAGACAUCGUUGCCGCCUUUGAUGCUGCUAUAAGUGACGGUGUGGACGUGCUUUCUGUGUCGUUGGGUGGCGGUGCAUCUGAGUUUUUCGAAGACGGUACUUCUAUAGGUGCCUUUCAUGCUGUCAAGAAAGGGAUAUCUGUUGUUUUUUCGGCCGGAAAUUCUGGACCUACUCCAGGAUCUGCGGAGAACUUGGCCCCAUGGAUGUUUACUGUUGGUGCUAGCACACUAGAUAGGGAUUUUACGAGUUAUGCCGUGCUAGGAAAUAAUUUGCGUCUCAAGUUAGCCUUGCAUGCAACAUUGAAACCGGGGACUCAUUAUCCGUUGAUUAGUGCCGAACAGGCCAAAGCGGCCAACGUCUCGGCUAGUGUUGCUAUACUCUGUCAAGCAGGAUCAUUGGAUCCCAAGAAGGUUAAAGGGAAGAUAUUAGUAUGUCUUCGCGGAGAAAACGCAAGAACUGAUAAGGGAAUGCAGGCUCUUCAUGCAGGCGCGGUCGGUUUGAUUCUCGCGAACGACGAUAAAAGCGGUAACGAAAUCAUAGCAGAUCCUCAUUUGCUUCCGGCCACUCACUUGAAUUUCACCGAUGGUCUCACAGUUCUUGCUUACAUCAAUUCAACCAAGAACCCUACAGCUUAUAUAACACCGGUUAAGACAGAGUUGGGCGCGGAGCCUGCACCAUUUAUGGCUUCUUUCUCUUCUAGAGGCCCCAAUGUGAUUGAUCCAGCAAUCCUCAAGCCGGAUAUAACCGCACCAGGAGUAAGCAUCGUUGCUGCAUACUCGGAAGCAGUGGGACCAACCGAAGAAGAAUCCGACAAACGACGUAUACCCUUCAACACAGAGUCGGGAACUUCCAUGUCGUGCCCCCAUGUUUCCGGUAUCAUUGGCCUUCUCAAGACUCUCCACCCUGAUUGGAGCCCUGCUGCUUUAAAAUCCGCCAUCAUGACCACCGCGAGAACGAGAGACAACAAGUUGAAUCCAAUGCUAGAUGCAGACAACAGAAAGGCGACCCCAUUCGAUUACGGUGCAGGACACGUGAGACCGAACCGUGCAAUGGAUCCCGGUCUCGUCUACGACUUAAACGUAGAAGAUUACUUGAACUACCUGUGUGCUCGAGGCUACAACAAGACCAUGAUACAACUGUUCUCAGACAAGCCGUUCUCUUGCCCGAAAUCAAACAGUGUGACAGACUUGAACUACCCUUCCAUAACAGUCCCUGAACUCAAGGGUUCAGCCACAAUUAGAAGAAAGGUCAAGAAUGUAGGUAUGCCGGGGACAUAUUUAGCCCAUGUCCGAUCGCCAGCCGGAGUUACGGUCAUGAUUAAGCCUUCAAGAUUGACGUUUAAGAAGAUUGGCGAAGAGUUGAAAUUUGAAGUCGCAUUUAAAACAGAGAGGAAAGUUGCAGGUGAUCAAGGGUACGUAUUUGGGUUGUUGACAUGGUCCGAUGGGUAUCACUAUGUUAGAAGUCCCUUGGUGGUGAAGCAUAAGUAGAUUUUUUUUUCCCAUUUGAGGAUUUGAUUACACUUAU